AUGACGAUCGAGCAGCUGGAGUCGCAGGCGGUGGCGGUGGCGGAGACGACGACGAUGAGGGCCGCCUCCGACGCGGAGUUGAGGACCAGCGCGGCGCUCCGGCUGGCGGCCUUUGCGGCGUCGCUCGCCGCCGCGGUGGUCGUGGCCACCAACCGGCAGGACCGCUGGGGCAUCACCGUCACCUUCAGGAUGUUCGCCGUCUGGGAGGCGUUCGUGGCCGUCAACCUCGCCUGCGCCGCCUACUCGGCGCUCACGGCGGCCUUGGUGAAGCGGCUCGUCAGCAGGCACUGGCUGCACCACGCCGACCAGCUCGCGGUGAACCUGCAGGCGGCGUCGACCGCCGGCGCCGACCGCCGGCGCCGGGGCGAUUGGGGCGCCGUCUCCCUCGCGCUGGCGUUCGUCUCCUUCUUCGCCCUCGGCGCCGCCGCCACGCUCUCCCGCUUCCCGGCCAGGCCGCCACCUCCGCCACCGGCCUCCACAUAG